UGCGAGGGGAGCAGAGCGGGUAUCCCUUCUUGUCUCCAGGUCACCAGCGCACAGGAAGAUGCUCACUGCUCGGUGGAUGAGUGCGUGAAUGAUCGGCUGCUGCCUUCAUGUCACCUCGGAGCCCCUUCUUUCCUUCUGCUCCAGACGCUCACACAGACCCUAAAGAACCCUGCAUCUCGAGGACCACCCCCACCCCCACGCCGCCCCGCCGAGGGUCUAAAUGAGGCAGCGACCCUCCGGUCAAGGCAGGCGUUGACCAGCUCCCUGGUGUGCACAGCGGUGCUCGGGUGGGACAACCGUAGGAGACUCGCCGUGUCCCAUGCCUCGGUGUCCUCCGAGGUCCUGGUCCUGGCUCUGGCGCUGCAGGCACGCGCCCGAGAUGGGGGGCAGGGCAGGGGUCUCCUCCUUGCCUGCUCCUCUCCGGGCAGGUCUCCGGGGUCCCUGGGCCGAGGGGUGUCCUCCGCUCUGUGCAGAGAGGGGACCAGCUCCGGCUCCCGAGUUCCUCUUCUGUGAACGGCCGAGUCUCGUGCUCCUCCCGGCUUCCCGUGGGUCUCCCCGGGGCCCUCCCUCCCUUUCACUUUCCCCUUCUCUUUUCAGACACAGGACGCGCAGAAACCCUCCGACUCAGAGAUGCUGCGGCUGCUGCUGCCCCUGCUGUGGGCGGGUGCGCGGGCGCGGGGAGGCGGCGCGGGCUGGGCUCACCCCGGUUUCCCCGCAGGGUCCCUGGCUCAGGUACCCCGGCUGGAAGUGCAGGAGUCCGUGGCGGUGCAGGAAGGCCUGUGUGUCCGCGUGCCCUGCUCCAUCCGUCCUUGGGGCUACCGGGCCAUCUCUAGUCCAGUUCAUGGCUACUGGUUCCGGGAAGGGGCCAGCGUGUUCCAGGAUGCUCCCGUGGCCACGAACAACCCAGAUCGUGAGGUGCUGAGGGAGACCCGGGGCCGAUUCCGCCUCCUUGGAGACCCCCGGAAUAACGACUGCUCCCUGGACAUCAGAGACGCACAGAGAGGGGACACGGGGACGUACUUUUUUAGGGUGGAUGGAGGGCCUUUUAUGAAAUAUAAUUACAAACAGGACCAGCUCUCUGUGCACGUGACGGCUCUGACACAGACACCUGACAUCCAUGUCCAGGGGGCCCUAGAAUCUGGCCGCCCCAGGAACAUCACCUGUGCGGUGCCCUGGGCCUGUGAGAGGGGGACACCCCCGACCUUCUCCUGGACUGGUGUCGCCCUCACCUCCCUGGACCCCAAGACUCUCCAUUCCUCAGUGCUCACCCUCACCCCGGGGCCCCAGGACCAUGGUGCCAACCUCACGUGUCGAGUGACCUUCCCCGGAGCUGGCGUGAGUGUGGAGAGGAGCGUCAGGCUCAACGUGUCCUAUGCUUCACUGACUGUCCGGGUCUUCCGGGGAAAUAGCACAGAAAUCCUGGGCAAUGCCACCUCCCUGCACAUCCAGGAGGGCCAGUCCCUGCGCCUGGUCUGUGUCAAUGACAACAACCCACUCUCCAUGCUGAGCUGGUUCCGUAGAAGCCUGUCCCUGAGCCCCUGCCAGCCCUUGGAUCCUGGGGUCCUGGAGCUGCCCCACGUGGUCUUAGGAGAUAGAAGAGAAUUCACCUGCCGAACUCAGCACCCGGGGAGCUCCCACUGUGUCUCCCUGAACCUGGUUGUACAAGGAUGCCUGGGAUCUGAGCUGGGCCGUGAGCAGGAUUAAGAUGUGGACUUAAGGAAACACACACCUCCACCUUCCGCCCUCUUUUCCUCUUCCAGGUGCAGAGGCGCACAAGGGGAUAUGGCUGAGAGGUGUGACUGAGCGCCCUUCCUCCAGGCAGCCCUCCAGAGCCCCGACAGGUGGAUGAAAAUUCACCAACCCCCUGUCUCCUGACACUCACCCCUGCACCCGUCUGCGAACAAGGUGGUACUGGAUGGCCCUGCCUCCUGUCCAGAAAUAGCAUCUCUUCACUUCUGGUCUCCAAGACUUUUCCAGAUAAUUCUACAAGAACAGUUGGGAGGGCACAUGAGGAAAUAUUUUUAUUACUCAAUUGAACUAUACUCCACAUAAUAUUUUUGCGUCUGUGUGCUUCCCUUAGUGGGGUUUUGCUAAACCCAUAAUGCAACCCCUUAAUAUAGUGUCAUAAAUCCCAUAAUAUAUUGUUUUUUAAAAGAGAUUUUUUUGAAUUAGGAAAAUGAACUCUUAUAUUUAUCCACCUAGGAACCAUUUCAAUUGCUCUCCAUUCCUUUGGAUUGCAAAAAUAAGAUCCCCUAAGGAGAAGUAAACAUAAGCGGAAGCCCCUGUGGAAAGAACACAGCAAAUGGGCCCGACGUGGCUAACAGGGACCCAAAAGAAAAUGAAAUCAGGCAGUCAUGACAGACGCGGGGUUCGGUCACGUACUCUGUGUUCUUUAGAAAAACCACAAACAAACACUUUAAAGGCAAUAAGUACUUCUGAUUGUGCUGAGGGUCCCUGGAAAACCCCUAAGGAGAUGCUCCAAUGAUAGUCAUCAUCAGAAACUUGCAGUCAGGCUUCAAGAAUCUUCCAGUCCCCUUGACAAGUCUCCCAACUGUGGCUUCUGUGGUUUCUGCUUUUAAAAAAUCCCUCACCCCUUCAACUCCCAGGAACGUACUUUUAGUUACAGCCAAAGGCUGCUUAGCCCUGGUUUGCAAACCUUGUGAACAAUGAAGCCGUCCUUUGGCUUUAAGAUAACCCUGACUCUUUUCUCAGGUUUAUUUCUACCUUAUGAUGAUGGUAUGAUUUCUCUAUAGCAUAAUUUUCCUUUCAUCUGAAGAUCUGCUCAUAUAUUUUUGUAGUGUGGGUAUGCUGGUGAUGGGCUCUCUCAGCCAUUGUUUGUCUGGGAAAAAGUUUUCAUUUACAUUAGCUUUGGAGAGAGAUUUUAUUGGAUAAGGAAUUCUAGGUUAACAUUUUCCCCCUUUCUGUUGUUCAAAUUCUUUUGGCUUGCAUGGUUUCUUCUGAGAAUUCUGCUGUGAUCUUCGUCUUUCUUUCUUUGUGGUUUAUAUUUUUCUCCGACUGGUUUUAAUAUUUUCUCUUUUUGCACUGGGUUUAAAUAAUUUGAUUAAUUUGUGCCUUGAUGUGCAAGUGUGUGUGUGUGUGAGAGAGAGAGAGAGACAGAGAGAGAGGGAUAGAUUAUCCUACUUGGAGUAUUUUGAGUAUCUUGAAUCUGAAAUUUUAUACCUGUGAUUAAAUUUGUAGAAAUUGAAGCCAAUAUUUAUUUAAAUAUAUUGUAUUCUUUCUCUCUCUGUUCUCCUCUGGGUCUCCAGUUUUACAUAUGUCAUAUUGCUCAAUAUUAUCUCAUGGAUAACUGAGCCUCUGUUCACCAUUUCCAGCCUUUUCUCUCUGUAUUCUUUCGUCUGAAUAGGAUCUGUUGCUACAUCUUCGAGUUUACUGAUUAUUCUUCCACAAUAUUGAAUCUGUUGUUUGUCUCAUUCAGUGAACUUCUUAUUUCAGAUCAUUAUUUUCUUCUCUCAAAGUCAAUUUCCUUAGUCUUUAAUCUUACAUUUGUUCUUUAUUAUAUUAAUGUUUUCCUUUACAUCCUUGAGUAUAUGGAACAUAUUUGUAAUAAAUAUUUAAAUGUUUUGGUCUGCUAGGUCUGUCUCUUCUGUCAUGUCUAAAUUUGAUUCCAUUGAAUGAGUUUUCUCUUAUUAAGUGUCACAUGUUCCUACUUUGUGUGUCCAGUAAUUUUUCACUGAGUGCUGAACAUUGUCAAUUUUAUGUGACUAUUGACUUGGUCUGGUUCUAUUUCUUUAAAUAAUAUUGGUCUUUUCUUCGAUGGCAGUCAUGUUAUUUGCAUGUUGGGUCAAUAUUUUAAAGGUUCUUUAAUUUUUUAUUGAAGUCGUAUUGAUGUACAAAAUUAAGUUAGUUUCAGGUUACUACAGAGUGAUUUGACAUUCGCAGACAUUAUGAAAUGAUCACCAUGAUAAGUCACCUAACCAUUUGUCCCCAUAAAAAUUUAUUACAGUAUAAUUGAACAUAAGCCAUAUGGAUGUAAUACAGAAUGGAAUUUUAUUUUAUA